GCCGAAACAGGCACGAAACUCUGUCCGAUGGCAGGCAGGCAUCCUACAGAUAUAUACUUGGUACGCCGCCGUCCACGCCAGCAGAACCAAUCCAACCCUAACCCGAUCGAUCUCAACGCCGAAAGUCUGGGCUCACCGCCGCCGUGAUGGUCCACUCGAGCUGCCACGUCGUCGGGACGAUAACGUCGCUGUUUCGCCGCUACUACCACCGCCGCCACGGCUACAAGCCGAUCCAGCGGUGCGACGCCGAGGAGGAGGAAGAAACCGAAAAGGUGCAGGGCGGCGUGCUUUUCGAGUUUCGCCGCUACUACAACCGCCGGCGCGGCUACAAGCCGAUCCCGCGGUGCGACGUGGGGGAGGAGGACGCCGCCGAAAAGGCGCAGGACGGGAGCAAAAGCGUGCUGUGCGAGGGGUGCAAGAAGGUGAUCCUCAAGUGCGAGGAAGAGCUGGAUGGGGAGGGUCCGGAGGGGUGCGGCGACCGGCUCAUGGCCCGGUGCAGGUUGCGGAGCCGGAGCGAGACGAGCUUCGCCGGCUGGAAGGACUUGGCCGACGCGUCCUACAUGUACACCCGAGCCGGAAGCUGGAGAAAAGCGGUGCAGGCAUACGGCGAGUUAGCCGCCUAUUCCCUCAGGAGAGGAAGCGAGCGCUCUACAUUGCUGCAGAGACGAAGCGAGCUGAGCGCAGGGUCGGCGCUGCUCCGUUCGGCGAAAUGCUACGGCGAGAUCGAGGAGAAAAGAGAGGAGGACGUCGCCGCCAUGAAGCUCGCGCUGGAGGAGGCCCUCGCGCUGUUCGUCAAGCACGGCGACCAGAGGCUGGCCGCCACCGCCUGCUCCGACCUAGCCGAGUUCCACCUGGACCGUAACGACCUCCAGGACGCGCUCCUCUUCUACGAGCGAGCUGCCGAGUACUACGGCACCGCUGCCAACCGGCGAUCCAACCGCUUCUGCAGGUUCAGGGCUCAGCUUGUCACCUAUCUGCUCGCAAACCAAGAGGCGCUUCACGCCAAUGGAGCGUUGCCCAUUCACGACUACAAACGGAAGUGCGUGGGAUACAUGAAGCCCAGCGAUCCUGAUUGGCUUCUUCUGCUGGGCCAGAUGCUCGGCACCAGCAGCGUAGCGCACGACUAUCAGCCUUUUUGAUUUAGUAGCCAUCUAUAUCAUCUUUAGAAGACUAGACUAGAAUUGUGUGUAUCAAACACGUAGUAUGUGUAUGGCUUGCAUAUAUUUAGACUUGGACUUGUAAUUAGAGAGUUACAAGUGUUUGAGCCAAACACGUGGCUUA